CCGCCAUGCUGCUGUUUGGUGGAGUGGUUAUUAGUCAAAGUAGAUUUGUAACAGAUUCUCGACUGAUUCCUAUCUUUGAGAAUAUGCGUUUCAACAAUUACUACCUUCCUGGCAUCGUCAUUGGUCUUGCUAUAACGAUGAUUGUGACUGGCUGUUUAAAUGGCGUUUCCUCUGGACUUGGAUGUUCCAUACUGUGUUUCAAGUCAAAUGCAAAGACAAAAGUGCUUUUGACGUGGCAAGUUCUUAUGAUUAUAUUGCUGAUCAUUGGAUUAUGUUUCUGGAUUCAUCUUCUGUGUGUGGUCCACGAAGGAAUGUUUUAUCAAUUAUAUUGGGAGUUUUUGGUGUACGGUGGAGGAACGUAUAUUCAGAAGUACUAUACCCGGGCAUGGAACGCCCUAUUCGUGACGUAUUCCUGCUGCAGUGUUGGUGACAUCACAAACUUCGGUCACACGGAAUACACGCUUACGGGUUAUAGUCAGCAAUUUAUCCCAACAUACUGCCGUUCAGGAGCCACCAUAGCCAACUCUGACCUGGAUGCUAUCACGGUUCCGCCAACAAAAUCCUCAGAUGUGACUUACUACAGUACGAUGUGUGAUACAGCAUUGAAGGAAGAAAUAAAAGACUAUGCAAUAUAUUUCGGAGUUAUAUCUUUUAUUGCCCUGAUUAUUAAGGGGGUUAACAUGCUCCUAUUGCGGAAAUUCAAAUUUGGUUCAGAUUCCGCCGACGAUGAAGCUUCAACAUGGGAAACAAUCAAAGAGUUCAUUCGGUAA